AUGGCCACCCUCACCUUGCCGCCGACCAACAACGCUGCCGGCCAGGCCGCCACCCAGCAAAGCUUAGCAGAGAAGCCUGCCAAGGAUGCAGCAGAUACGGGCGGGAUGGAGUCCGAGUGGGUUGUUCUCGGGAAAUCGGACAUCGUCCCGGCGGAUGUGGCCGCCGCCGCCGCCGCGGGGCACCGCCGCCUCAACUUCUCGCCGCUGCCGAUGAUACCUAUCUGGGUGCAGAUGGUUCUUGGGGGCGUGGUUUACACGGCCUUGCCGUUCUACAAGAGGGCGAGGAAGGUCGAAGGAGAAACGUUAGCCAAUGUAGAAACUGCAGUGGAGGUCGUGGAGCAUGUUGCUGAGGUGACAGAGAAGUUGGCUGCAAAUGCGGCCAAUUCCCUGCCGGAGAACGGGUCCCUGCACAAGGCUGCCGUGGAGAUCGAGUAUAUUGCUGAAGUGGUGAAUAAGGAUGCACAUAAGGUUGAAGCAGUCAUCAAUAAGAUUGAAGAGGUGAGUGAGGAGAUCGAUGCCGCAGUAGAACCUGUCAUUGAAGAGCUUGAGAAGGACUUCAAACCGAAUACCAAAUCCUCUACUGGAUCAGAUGCCCAGAAAUGA